AUUUUUAUAGCUGACUCAACACUAAACUUAUGUUUCAACAGUAAACCGUGAAAUUGUCCUGUCUUUUAGCUUGAGAUUUUGUAGGAAUAUGUGGACUUAUUGACUGCACUACCAACGGUCACUCCACUUCCGCCGUAGUAACGCUCAGGGCGGACAUCAGAGCAGCCUGUAGAGACAGACCUGUCCUGGCCAGGCCAACAUUCCAAGCCGAAUUGACCUCAGCCUCUGUCAAGCACUGCGUCAGGAGAUGGAGGUGGCAGAAACAUCUAACCCAUCUUUCAGACGUGUGCUGGUCUUCUGCUUCUUGCUGGUUCCGCUGGUUCGAUGCUCCAAUAAGGUUCUCAAGGAUCCGGGGUUUGAGAUCAAAUGUCAGGAAGUUUACUUGAGAAACAAACUGUCAAGGAUUUCAUGUGCAGCGGAUAAGAACUUAUUUGACGAGAAGUGCACUAUAUGGCGCAGAACUAUUGUAUUUAGAAAAGAUUCCACGACCGACAUUUGUCAAAUUAAGGAUUUGUUCGAUUUAACCAAAUGCGAGACAGAGGAGCCGCUAGAGAGAAGCGUUACCUGUGAACAAAAUGGUAACCAAUGGAUCUACCACUGCUAUUUUAGGGCGACUGGAGAGUACCUAAAUAGUACAGCGUGUUGUACGGUCAGUUGCAAAGGUCACAAAUUUACUCAUGUGAGAAUAAUCACCUCAAACUGUCAGCCUUUCGUAAUUGUGAAUGAAACGUUAACAACCGCACCACCACCACCAGCUAAACCACUCCCACCAAAGGAAGAAUUUCCCCUAUGGGCAGCAAUUCUCAUUGCACUUGGCAUUGCCGGUUUGAUUGCAUUGGUGGCGUUCCUAGUGUGGAGAAAACGUCGGCAGGCCCAAGGUCCCGUACAAGCUCCAGAAGGAGGAGCGGCUCAAGGAGAAGGUGAAGGAGAAGGUGAAGGUGAAGGAGAAGGUGAAGGUGAAGGUGAAGGAGAAGGAGAGGAAGCUGAAGGGGCAAGUGCCGAAGAGUCACAACAACCAGAAGAAGCAUCAGAAGGUGGAGGAGAAGCACCAGCGGAGGAGUAAAGAAACGGAUUUUUAACGAAACAUCGCAACAACCGCUGUGACAAGAAGGGAGGGAGCAGCUCCAUCAUUAGAACAGAAAUGUGAUAAAAACUGAUUUGUUUACACGUACACUUGAUUACGAGUUACCAGCUUGUCGUAAUAGGAUGAUAGUACAGGCAACAACAACAUCUUGUGUGUAUACAUCAAAGGGUAUGUCACAGCGAUGUCCGCAUUGUUUAGCUAGGUCUCAAUGAUAAAGUCUGUAUUGUUUAGUCUCAAUGAUAAAGUCUGUAUUGUUUAGCUAGGUCUCAAUGAUAAAGUCUGUAUUGUUUAGUCUGGUCUCAAUGAUAAACUCUGUAUUGUUUAGCUAGGUCUCAAUGAUAAACUCUGUAUUGCUUAGCUUGGUCUCAAUAAAAGCCUGUAUUGUUUAGCUAGGUCUCAAUGAUAAAGUCUAUUGUUUAGCUAGGUCUCAAUGAUAAACUCUGUAUUGCUUUGCUAUGUCUCAAUGAUAAAACCUGUAGUGUUUAGCUAGGUCUGAAGGAUAAACUCUGUAUUGCUUAGCUUGGUCUCAAUGAUAAAGUCUGUAUUGCUUAGCUAGGUCUCAAUGAUAAAGUCUGUAUUGCUUAGCUAGGUCUCAAUGAUAAACUCUGUAUUGCUUAGCUAGGUCUCAAUGAUAAACUCUGUAUUGCUUAGCUAGGUCUCAAUGAUAAACUCUGUAUUGCUUAGCUAGGUCUCAAUGAUAAACUCUGUAUUGCUUAGCUAGGUCUCAAUGAUAAAUGCUUUAUAGUUGAGCACGGUCUUAGUGGUGGAGUGCGUAGUCUGUCAUUGGAAUACAUUAACGCCGCAAUCAGUGUCAAAGCCGCAUUAAACUUUAGAAAGUGUUACAAGUAAACCUCGAUCCGGAUGAAAGAAAGUUUUUUACAUAGGGUUGUAAGCAAAACAAAGUAAUCCACAAAAGUAUGCCGUUUGUGAAAACUGUGAUAUUUGUCAAAAAUCUACAAGCGUACCGCUCUGGCUGUAAUCAUAGGGAGGUAAACAUAUCUCCUCUAGAAAUGUGAGACAAUAUUCUCACUCCCUGUUUAUCAUUUGUGCUGCUGUACUAAUGCACUCCUUCAUCAGAAAUACUUGUAUAACUUAAGUCUAUGCUAACAUAUGUAUUAACUAAAGGUACACUGUUCACACACGUGGCUAACUAUCUAUAUCUAUCCAUACACUAUAUUGUUGAUCAACCCCUGUUAUGCAGUUUAAAAAUGACUUCUGUAUACCACACGGCAGGCCUCUGUCAGAGAGCUCCAGAGUGUUUGAUAUUAAAGUAUACAGAAAGUCCACAAAUA